GGGGUUGGAAAGAAACUAAUAUUGAAAGUCUAUUGUGUGUUAAGCAUUGUACAUGGAUCCUUCAUUAAUCUUCAUAAUCAUCCUCUAAAGUGGAUAUUACACAUUUACCAGAGAUGAGAAAGCUGUGGCUUAGCAAGGUUAAGUAAUUUGCCCACAGUUGCACAAAAAGAGUAAAGCUGGAAUUUGAACCCAGGACUGUCUGGUUCCAAAACGUGUGAUAAUUUCUCUCACUCAUUUAAUUUAUUGACUUGACAUGAAUUUAUUCAGUGCCUUCUAGGUGUCAGAUUCUAUUAAAGGUGCUGGGGAUGUAAUAGUGGACAAAAAAGACAAAAGUUUCUGUCCUCAGCCAUGUGGGGGAAGCAUGAUAAUCAAGUAAAUGAAUAAAGGAUGAAAAGUGCUAUGAAGAAAAAUAGAAAAACAGGAUAAGAGAAUAGAAAGUAACUGGUAGGAGGCCAUUUUAAAUAGGAUGAUCAGGAAAAGCCUUUCUGAGGAGGAAACAUUUGAGCAGAGCCCAGCCACAAUGAUGAGAAAGAGUGGGUUUGGUAGCUGGAAUUAUGUGCCCCAGGAAAACAGGUGCCCUUAAUCUUAAUCCCAUUCCUGUGGAUGUAAACCCUUGUAAAUAGGACUUUUGAAGAUGCUAUUUUGGGUCGAGGCAUGGCCAACUGAAUCAGGUUGGGUCUUAAUUCUAUUACUGAAGGCCUUAAAAAAAAGAAAGCUGUGGGGAGGAGUUAGAAACCAGAAGUCAACGAACUGGAAGAGAAAGGAGACAGCAUCACCACGUGUUGGGAAAGUCGGGGAACCCAAGGAUUGCCAGCCAGCCAGAAUGCUACUGACCCCAGGAAGAAGAAGCCUUUUAGCCUCUGAAACUGUGAACCAAUAAAUUCCUGCUGUUUAAGCCAACCCAUAGUAUGGUAUUUGUCCUAGCAGCCAGGAAACUAAGACAUGAAGAAAUGGGUAAAAGCAAGUGGGAAAGUAAGUGAAAUAGCCCUAAGAUGUGUUUAAGGAACAGCAGGAAUGUCAUUAAGACUGGAGUACAAUUAGCCAGGAAAGUGUAGUACACAGAGGCCAAAUCACACACAUCCUUAUAGGGUUUCGAAGGAGCUUGGAUUUUACUCUAAUUGUGGUAGAAAACACACAAAAGACUUUGAGCUGGGAAGGGACAGGUUAGCUUUACGUCUUUGGAAGAUCAUUCUGUGUGGGGAAGAUACUUUAGGGCAAUGGCCUUCAAACUUUUUUACACCUGACCCACCUAAAAGAAUUUUGAAAAACUAUUUACCAUCAUUGGUUUUGUUGUUGUUGUUAACUCUAACUUUUGUUCUUAUACAAUUUGCAGAAUAGGCUUGGAAUGAUUGCUGUAGGUUUUAAUGUUGAUAAGAAGAACUGGACUAUGAUACAACUGAAAUGCAGUGGUGAGCUGAACCAUUUAAUUUGGCAGAGCGGAAAGCUAACGCCCAUUCUGUAGUAGAAUGUGAUCACGUCCGAAAAGAAAUUAGCAUACGAACUGGAGGACUGGCUGACAAGAGUUCAAGAAAAACAUAUACUUUUGAUAUGGUUUUUGGAGCAUCCACUAAACAAAUUGAUGUUUACCGAAGUGUUGUAUGCCCAAUUCUGGAUGAAGUUAUUAUGGGCUAUAAUUGCACUAUCUUUGCAUAUGGCCAAACUGGCACUGGAAAAACCUUUACAAUGGAAGGUGAAAGAUCACCUAAUGAAGAGUAUACCUGGGAGGAGGAUCCCUUGGCUGGUAUAAUUCCACGUACCCUUCAUCAAAUUUUUGAGAAACUUACUGAUAAUGGUACUGAAUUUUCAGUCAAAGUGUCUCUGUUGGAAAUCUAUAAUGAAGAACUUUUUGAUCUCCUUAAUCCAUCUACUGAUGUUUCUGAGAGGCUCCAGAUGUUUGAUGAUCCCCGUAACAAGAGGGGAGUGAUAAUCAAAGGUUUAGAAGAAAUUACAGUACACAACAAGGAUGAAGUCUAUCAAAUUUUGGAGAAGGGGGCAGCAAAAAGGACAACUGCAGCAACUUUGAUGAAUGCAUACUCUAGUCGUUCCCACUCAGUUUUCUCUGUUACAAUACAUAUGAAAGAAACUACUAUUGAUGGAGAGGAGCUUGUUAAAAUUGGAAAGUUAAACUUGGUUGAUCUUGCAGGAAGCGAAAACAUUGGCCGCUCUGGAGCAGUUGACAAGAGAGCUCGGGAAGCUGGGAAUAUCAAUCAAUCUCUGUUAACUUUGGGAAGGGUUAUUACUGCUCUUGUAGAAAGAACACCUCAUGUUCCUUAUCGAGAAUCUAAACUGACUAGAAUCCUCCAGGAUUCACUUGGGGGACGUACAAGAACAUCUAUAAUUGCAACAAUUUCUCCUGCAUCUCUCAGUCUUGAGGAAACUCUGAGUACCUUGGAAUAUGCUCAUAGAGCAAAGAACAUAUUGAAUAAGCCUGAAGUUAAUCAGAAACUCACCAAAAAAGCUCUUAUUAAGGAGUAUACAGAAGAGAUAGAGCGCCUGAAACGAGAUCUUGCUGCAGCCCGUGAGAAAAAUGGUGUAUACAUUUCUGAAGAAAAUUUUAGAGCCAUGAAUGGAAAACUAACUGUUCAAGAAGAACAGAUUGUAGAAUUCAUUGAAAAAAUUGGUGCCAUUGAGGAGGAGCUAAGUAGGGUUACAGAGUUGUUUAUGGAUAAUAAAAAUGAACUUGACCAAUGUAAAUGUGACCUGCAAAAUAAGACACAGGAACUUGAAACCACUCAAAAAACUUUGCAAGAAACUAAAAUACAGCUUGUGAAAGAGGAAUAUAUCACAUCAGCUUUGGAAAGUACUGAGGAGAAACUUCAUGAUGCUGCCAGCAAGUUACUUAACACAGUUGAAGAAACUACAAAAGAUGUAUCUGGACUCCAUUCCAAACUGGAUCGUAAGAAGGCAGUUGAUGAACACAAUGCAGAAGCUCAGAAUGUUUUUGGCAAAAACCUGAAUAGUCUGUUUAAUAAUAUGGAACAAUUAAUUAAGGAUGGUAGCUCAAAACAAAAGGCCAUGCUCGAAGUUCACAAGAACUUGUUUGGUAACCUGCUGUCUACCAGUGUCUCUGCCUUAGACACCAUUACUACAACAGCACUUGGAUCUUUCGCAUCUAUUCCAGAAAAUGUGUCUGCUCGUGUUUCUGAGAUUUCUAAUACGAUAUUAAAAGAACAAUCAUUAGCGACUGAAAGUAAAACUGCACUUCAGAAAUUGAUUGAUGUACUUAAGACUGACCUUCUAAGUUCACUGGAAUCAAUUUUAUCCUCUAAUGUGGUGUCUAUACUGAAAAUCAACAGUCAAAUAAAGCAUAUUUUCAAGACUUCAAUGACAGUGACUGAUAAGAUAGAACAUCAGAAAAAGGAAAUGGAUGACUUUCUCAGGACACUGUGUAACAGUCUACACGAACUACAAGAAAAUACAGUUUCUUCCCUGGCUGAAUCACAGAAGCUAUGUGAAAACUUAGCUGAAGACUUGAAGACAGUGAAGCAAACCCAUUCACAGGAACUUUUCCAGUUAAUCAAUCUUUGGGCAGAGAGGUUUUGUGCUUUAGAGGAAAAGUGUGAAAACAUCCAGAAACCAAUCAGUAGUGUCCAAGAAAACACAGAGCAGAAAUCUAAGGAUAUAAUCAACAAACUAACUUCUCACAGCACAAAAUUUUUUGCUGAUUCUGAUGACUUGUCACAAGAACUCAGGCAUUUUAAUGAAGAAGGUACAAAAUUGGUUGAAGAGUCUAUGAAACACUAUAAUAAACUCAAUAAUGAGCUUGAAAUAAUAUCACAAGAGACUGAACAGAGAUUUGAGGCUCUGAACACAAGCACACUUUGUUUUUCUGAGCAGUGUAUAUCUUCCUUAAAUAAAAGACAAGAGGAAAUUCAGAACUUUUUGGAGGUUGUAAAUCAAGGUUGUGAGGCUUCAAGUUCAGAAAUUACGGAAAAAUUAAGUGGACAAAAAGCAGCUAAUGAGAACCAGCGUAACACUUUUCUUGAUCAGAUAGCUAUUGAUGAAGAAAAAUUGAUGGCACAAAGUCUAGAACUUAAUGAAACCAUAAAAAUGGGUUUGACUAAGCUUAAUUGCUUUCUGCAACAGGAUCUGAAACUGGAUAUCCCAACAGGUAUGACACCACAAAGGAAGAAUUAUUUAUAUCCAUCAAUGCUGGUAAGAACUGAACCACGUGAACAGCUCCUUGAUCAGUUAAAAAGGAAACAGCCUGAGCUGUUAAUGAUGCUAAACUGUCCAGGAAACAACAAAGAAGAAACCAGUCAGGACAUGGAAGAAGAAAAGGCAAUUAUGGGGCACACUAGUGAAGAACCUCUAAGUCAAGAGCCAUCUGUAGAUAUUAGUGUGGAUCAUUCAUCAGGUUCAUCAGGGGUUCCAUUUUUCCAGCAUAAAAAACCACAUGGAAAAGACAAAGAAAACAGAGGCAUAAACCCAAUGGAGAGGUCUAAAAUGGAAGAAACUACAGAGUACUCUGUCACAAAGAGCAGACUGCCUCUACGAACCCAGAUAAAUUUUUAGUUAACUUGGGGGGCAGGAAUUUUAUUUUUAAGGAAAAAUGAAAGCUAAAGCCUAUAACCCUAGAACUCAAGUCUUGUGUAUAGAUUAAAAACCAAGAAUUGAAGGUAUCAAGACAGUAUUGUAAAUUUAGUUGAAUUUAAUGUUUACCCAUUUUUCUGUCAACUCUGUAGUUCACUGUGUAUUAAGUUGGUUUUCUUUUAGGAUUUGCAUUGAAUAAAUAUGCAUUUCUAUCUUUUGAUAUAAAAUAGCUCUUUCAUAACAAAUAAAAAAUAUUUUUCUUGCAUAUUAUUAAACAGCAGAUAUUCAGAAGCUGCUUGCCUUAUACUGGUAAAUAUCACCAACACUUGGUUUUGGAAAGCACCCUCUCUUUUCUCUCCUUAUUAUGAUUGAAUUAUGCCUGUGUUUGCUUGCUUCCUUCCCUAGACUUUCCCUUUCUGCUUUCGCCUCAGCUCACUUUCUCCCUUUUUAUUUGUCACCAAACCAUUUGUAGAGAUACAAAAAUGUAUGCCAGAAUUUUACCUAGAAAUAUUUAAUACUUUUCAGUUGGCUAUUUCUAAAAUCGCUGUUGACAAUAAACAUAACCCUUUAAGUAUCCCUUCCUUCAACAUUUUAAUUUGUUUCCACUAGAUGUGAAAGCGUUUCAUUCCUUUAUGAGGCCUAACCCAUUAGCAAAGAGGUCACAAAGAGCCAACUUCUCCAAAAUACAUACUGCUAUUAUGGAAAUACUACCUAAAGCUCUGAUUAAUGGCUGGGUAGCCCUAUUCUAAGACAUGUAUCUUAUGGAAAAGAUCACAGUGAUUUAAGGACUUUCUUAAACUACUAAUUUUGAGUAUAAUUUAUAUUAUCUUUGUUUACCUGAUAAAACUUUUUGUUCUUUGUAUAUAAUAUCAUAAGUAUAUGUAUAUUUUUCUGUAUUGAAGGGCCCUGACACAAUCUGGCAGCUAAAUUUCUGGACAUUGAUAUAUUUCAACAUGAAGAACCAGAAUACUUAGAAUAUGAGGGAAGAAUAAAUUCUGUGCCCAUAUCAAGUUUACUGUACUAAUUUUAGAGAGAUGUGACUUUAAUAGCUAAGGAAAAAACAAGCUAUUAGAGAAUUAGAAAAUGUGCGUCUUCAGGGAACUAAAUUAUGCUUGCAGAAGUAUUAAUUAUCGUAAUAAAAAUAAUAGAUGUAAUUUCUCUGCAAAAUCAGAUGUCAGCAUAAACCCUGGAUAAUAUAUAAUAAAAUAAAC